GUAUACGAAGGUCUAAAGCCAGUACUAAUUGUGGCCGAACCUGAGCUAAUAAAACAUAUAAUUGUUACCGAUUUUAACGUAUUUCACGACCGAAAAUGGAAACCAAGCGAUCGGAAUACAGUGGUCGACCUGAGCGUAGCGGCCGCUGAGGGCGACCACUGGAGACGUGUCCGGGCGGUCGUGAGUCCGGCCUUCACGAGCAGAAAAUUGUCGAAAAUGAAUGCAUUGAUCAACGAAUUGUCGAAUCGUAUGGUAAACGCGUUGGACGUUAUGGCGAAAAAUGAGGGUCAGUUUGACGUCAUAGACAUUAGUGCGCUCACCGACCUCGACGAUCCGUACCUCGUGAACGCCCGCAAUAUAUUUUCCGCGUCUAUGUUCCGGUUCCUUUGCGCUCAUUUAAUUCCCACAUUUUUACGCCAUUUCCUUAAUAUAAAGUCAUUGACCACUGAUAGAGAAACGGAUUAUUUUGUGAAUAUAUUGCGACAAAUAUUGACAUUAAGACAAAAUUCGGACAAAAAAUUUACUCAUUUUAUGGGUUUACUCAUUAAUUCCCGAAAGGAAAGGGAUGUUACACUGGUUGACAAUGACAGCCAAAUUCAUUAUAUAAACUCAGGCGGAGAGGAGCCGUCACUUAGUAGACAGUCGUCUAUGAAUAUAAAAGCGGUUAAUCAGUCGCUAUCGGACGAGGAGAUCGUCGCCCAGGGAUUUAUGUUUGUCGCCGGGUUUGGGACGACCUCUUCGACGCUCGCAUUCAUGGCCUACGAGUUGGCUCUCAAUCCGUCGGUCCAACAGAAACUCUACGACGAGAUAAACGGUGCCAUCGAUUCGGACGGAGAGAUACCGUACGACGUGUUGACACGACUUCCCUAUUUGGAUGCCGUCCUAUCCGAGACACUUAGGCUUCACACGCCG